GAUGCUCGCGACCCUGCUCGAUGCGCAGCAUUGCCACGCCGUGCACGAGGCCUCUACGCAUAGACCGCAUCGAGCGGCUGCUGCAUGAGCAGCACAGCAAUUAGCAUCCGGCCACACUCUGUUCCCGUUGCGAGGCAAUCCUGCGAGCAUAAGAGGGACAAGCUCUGCCGCAGCCCCACGGCGGCUCCCACCUCCCUCUCUCGCCCUCAUCGGUCCUUCAGGCCGCGCAGGCCUCGACAUGCGCAUCUUCUCGCUGCUCCUCACGGCGCUGCCGCUCGUCGCCGUCGCGUCGGGCUCGGUGAUCCGCCCGCGCGCAAAGGGCGACCUUGGCUCGUACUGCACCAAGUCGACGCAGUGCACCUCCGGCCCCGACGUCUUCUGCAACCGCAACCGCUGCGACACGCAGAAGCCGCCGGCAUCGCGGUGCUACAAAGACAAUGCAUGUCUGAGCGGCACAUGCACCAACGGCCGCUGCGACGAGUACACGAAGAACGCGCCCAUCGGCGCCUACUGUCUUGUCUCGAGCGUGUGUCGCUCGGACAACUGCGAGUACUGGCAUUGCCAGAAGAAGAAGCCCGACUUUGCGCCGUGCUACAAGAACAAGAACUGCCGCAGCGGCAUCUGCUCGCCCGGCGGCCGCAACACCAAGUCGACCUGCCAGCCGAUCAUCACGCAGGACCCCACACCCGCACCUGCACCCGCACCCGGACCCGCGCCCGAUCCGGCGCCCGCACCGUCGCCCGAGCCGACCAAGCUCGGCAAGAAGGGCGCGGCGUGCUCGAAGAACGAGGCAUGCGUCAGCAACUCGUGCUCCAAGGAGAAGAUCUGCGACGGCCUCGACACGGGCGCAAGCUGCUCUGCCGCCGAGGCGGAUCAGUGCAUCUCGGGUCUCUGCGGAGCCGACGGCAAGUGUGCUGCGCUGCCCAAGCGGCUGAACGACAAGUCUUGCGAGCAGAACUCGGACUGCCUCAGCGGCAUCUGCUCCUCAAUCACGAACCUCGGUCUGCGGUGCGUCGGCAUCGCCGCCGGCAAGACGUGCUUCGCCGACCUGGCGUGCCGCUCGCUCCGGUGCGGCGGCAUGCCCGGUAACAUGGCAUGCCUCGGCGCCGACGGCGACCCGUGCUCGCGCGACAAGCCGACGGCCUGCGCCUCGGGCUACUGUGCGACCAGCGGCCUGUGCUCGCCGAAGCCGCUCAAGGGUGUGAUCGGCGAUGCAUGCCAGCUCGAUGCCGACUGCCAGAGCGCCGUCUGCGGUACCAACAAGAAGUGCGACUUCCCAGUGGCGCUGAUGCCGAACUUCUCCCCGUGCGCCUCUGCUUCGGGAUGUCUCAGCGGCCUCUGCGCCGUCAUUCCCACCCGUCACGCCACGCAGACGCUCUGCGUGCCUAUUGCCGACAAUGCGCCGUGUACCUCCGACGCGCAGUGCGCUUCGGCUUCGUGCAGCUCGACGACACACCUCUGCGUGCCCAAGCCUUCUCCGAAGGGUGUGCUCGGAGACGCUUGCCAGCUCGACGACGACUGCGAGAGUGUCCUGUGCGGCGCUGACAAGAAGUGUGCUGCGCCACGACCAGCGCUCAAGGCCAACGGACUGCUGUGCGACGCCGACGAGGAGUGCAUCACGGGACGCUGUGCCCUCGAGGACCCGUUCACGGAGAAUCGCUGUCUGCCGCUUCUCGCCGGAGACAAGUGUGCCGCCGACUCGGACUGCAAGUCCUCACAGUGCCUCGUGCCGUUCGAUGCCACGGACAGCAUCAAGCGGUGCAUAGCGGACCUCGACGAGCGCUGCACGACCGAUGGUCACUGCAAGUCCGCGUACUGCAACCCCUCGACGCUGUACUGCCGGCCGAAGCCUCUCCCGAACCUUUCGAUCUGCACAGACGCUUCAGACUGCCUGAGCGACAAGUGCGGCCCCCUCGAGGGCGCCGCGCCCGGGUCACUGUUCUGCCUGCCGCUCACGGAGGGAGAGUCGUGCACCGUCAACGCCCAGUGCAAGACGGAGACGUGCAGCCAGACGACAAACGUGUGCGUUGCCAAGCCCCUCCUCGCCAACUUCAGCCCAUGCAGUGCCGGAGCGCAGUGCGACAGCGGCUCGUGCACCUAUGUUUUCGGCAGUGCGACCUCGUCCAUGCUCUGCUUCCCUCGUCCCGACGGCGCGGCGUGCACCUCCGACGGGCAGUGCUCCCUCUCGUGCCACCCGACGGCGCGCGUCUGCGGCGAGCCCCUGGCGAACCUGACUCCAUGCACGGCCAACGAGCAGUGUCUUAGCGGGCUGUGCGACGAGAAGGGAAGCUCGCAAACGCUCUGCAUCCCUCUCACCGGCGGCCAGACGUGCACCUCGGACGCCCAGUGCGCAUCGACUUCAUGCGUCAGCGUGUCGGGCGUCAAGACAUGCAAGGGCGCGCUCGAGGAGCGAUGCAGCGUCGACGCUUUCUGUGCUUCGGGCCACUGCGUCAAGGGCCUGUGCGCCGCCACGGAGCCCAAACCCCUGGAGCUGGACGAAGAGUGCGCCGACAACGAGGAUUGCCGAAGCGAGCGCUGCGAUUUCCCUCAGGACAGCACGACGCUGGUGUGCAUGCCCAGCUACGGCGGCAAGACAUGCCGGGCGGACCGCGAGUGCGUCUCGGGGCAAUGCGGCGGCGGCACUAGUGCUGCCAAGUUCUGCCGCGGCGUCGAGGGCGAGUACUGCGGCGUCAUCAGCUCCUUCUGCAUGUCAGACUGGUGCGGCGGCGACGGGUUCUGCGGAGCGGCCAGGAAGAAGUUCGGCCAGAGCUGUUCUGCCGACGAGCAGUGCGCCAGCGACGUGUGCGGCGAGGACAGCAAGUGCGCUCUGGGAACCUACGGCAGCCUCUGCGUGGUGAACGGCGACUGUGAAAGCAACACCUGCACGCCGCUGCAAGGUCCGACACCGGUCGAAAGCACUCGCUACUGCACGCCUCCGCCGGUCCCGAACGGCGUCGAUUGCACGAUGGACGUCAUGUGCAUCUCAGGCAUCUGUGGUGACGGCGGUGUAUGCCUCGGCGUCGUCGCCGGCGGUGCGUGCACCUCGAACGAGGCAUGCGAGUCGGAGCUCUGCGGCGAAGGCAAGUGCCUCGGCAAGGAGGGAGCCCUGUGCUCGGUCGCAGCGGACUGCCAGUCAACUCUCUGCGACGAUGCCACGAAAAAUUGUCUCGCUGCUUCGCGCCUCGCGCUGGACGAAGAAUGCUCUUCUGACGGCGAGUGCCUGAGCGAGCGCUGCGGCUUUGCUUUGGGCGAGGCCAGCCCGCACGCGACUUGCCUGCGCCGUCUCGGAGGCAAGCCAUGCGCCGUCGCCGAUGACUGUGCCUCACAACAGUGCGCCGGGACGGGCGCCGACAAGUUCUGCAAGGCUCAGAACGGAGAGGCAUGCCUGGUCGACUCUUUCUGCGCAUCGGCGACAUGUACCGACGGAUUUUGCGCUGCUCCGCUCAAGUCCAACUUCGCAACCUGCACCGCCGAUGAGCAAUGUCUCAGCAACAAGUGCUUGCCGAACAUCUCCGUCGGCGGCCUCAUGUGCUACCCGCUCGCCGUCAACGAGGAUUGCACGAACAGCGACCAGUGUUCCUCGGGCCUGUGUGACGGCACCACGGAGAAGUGCCUCGGAGCCGAGAACGAGGCCUGCUCCAAGGCGGCUGAAUGUGCGUCGUUCAACUGUCUGUCGUCUGGAGCGUGUGGGCCGCGCCUCCGAACGCUCGGCGAGGCUUGCAGCACGUCAAGCCAGUGCGCCUCGACCAGCUGCCAGAGCGGCGUCUGCAGCGAGCUCCUCGCGCUCGGCAGUGCUUGCAUGGACGACAGCCACGGUGAUUGGUGCCAGUCUGGCACGUGCCGCAACGGCCAGUGCUCGGUGCCCCUCACGAAGAACGGCGACAGCAUGCACCCUGGCUGCCGACUGCGAGUCGGGUCUCUGCUCGAACAAUGUCUGCUACGGGGCUCCGAAGAGCAACGGAGAGGCAUGCUCGACGGGAUCCCAGUGCAGCUCGGGCUUCUGUGCUUCUGACACGACAUGUGCCGACGCGCCGCUGAAGGAGCUCAACGAGAUGUGCGCCAAGGACAGCGAAUGCAAGUCAGGCCACUGCGGCGUCGACUCGACAUGCACGGACUCGCCAACGCUCAAGAACAACGACGAUACCUGCGCGUUCGACACCGAAUGUAUCUCGGCCUACUGCGACAACUCAGUCAACCAGUGCCGAGACGCGCCGAACCUUGACUUGGGCGAAUCUUGCUCGAAGAAGAGCCAGUGCGCGUCGAAGUUCUGCGAAGCUGGCCAAUGUGCCGCCCUCAAG